UCCGCUCCUGCACGCAGCAGCAAACAUGGCGGACGGCUAACACAUUCGUUGUUUUAAAAUAAGUCCUGGGUGGGGAUUUUAUCUUUAGGAGCACAAACAGCAACUCGUCCCGUGCUGAGUGUAUCCGGAGGGCUGCCUAAACCUCGCCGCGGCCUGUAUUUCUUUUCUAAAGAAAGGUGAAGGAGACGCACCGUAAAAAUGGGGCGACGUUCCACUUCCUCCACCAAGAGUGGGAAGUUUAUGAAUCCCACCGACCAGGCUAGAAAGGAGGCCAGAAAAAGGGAGUUAAAAAAGAACAAGAAGCAGAGGAUGAUGGUGAGAGCAGCUGUGCUGAAGAUGAAAGAUCCCAGACAAAUCAUCAGAGACAUGGAAAAGCUGGAUGAGAUGGAGUUCAACCCCGUUCAGCAGCCCUUGCUGAACGAGAAGGUGCUGAGGGACAAGCGGAAGAAGUUACGGGAGACGUUUGAACGCAUCGUCCAUCUGUACGAGAGGGAGAACCCUGAAACCUACAAGGAGCUGCGCAAACUGGAGCUGGAGUACGAGACCAAGCGAGGGCAGCUGGCUCUUUACUUUGACUCGGUCAAGAACGCGGAGUCAGUGGAAGUGGACAGCAUUCCUUUACCCGACAUGCCUCACGCCCCAUCCAACAUUCACAUCCAGGACAUCCCGUUACCGAGGGCUCAGCCUCCGUCCAUCCUCAAGAAGACCUCGGCGUUUGGCAAACCGACGACCGGACCUGGAUUGACGUCAAUCCCCAGUGUCCCUCGUUUACCCCCUGGGAAGAAACCACCCGGACCCCCACCGGGGCCCCCGCCGCCGCAGGUUUUGGCGCUGUACGGCAUCCCGUCUCGACAAAUCUAUGGCGCCGACACAGACCCGUCCAUCCCUGGGCUGGACUCUGCCGGGGACCUGGGGCGGGACCGGGACAGCGGCAGUGACAGCGACCGGGACGACGCGGACGAUGACAGCGACUCGGAGGAGGACAGCGAGGAAGACGGAGACGAAGGCGCGGACGGCGACCGCGACGAGGACAGGAGCGAGAGACACACCGGUCGCAGCGUGCGUUUUGCAGAUCUCGCAGCCGCCGAGUCCCGGGAUGGAAAGAGGAAGAAGAAACGAGUGGUGAAGAAGACGAAGGCUAUCACUCCCCUGCAGGCCAUGAUGUUAAGGAUGGCAGGUCAGUCCAUUCCUGAGGAAGAGGAGGAAGAGGAAGUAGAGGAAGAAUACACGGACGAGUCAGACGGCUCCGACACUGAGGACCGGGGCCCGCCAGGGGACCCCCAGUCCCAUGUCAUGCCCAACCAGCGCCUGCCCCCUCCUCCUGGGGCAGUGGCGCAGCAGGGACAUCCCCCCAUGCAGGGCCCACCAAUGACCGGGCCCCCGCCUCUCGGACCUCCGCCGGCUCCUCCAAUGAGACCCCCCGGUCCGCCCUCUGGCCCGCCCCCUGCGCCACCUCCAGGCGCCCCUCCGUUCUUGAGGCCUCCUGGGAUGCCUGGAGGGAUCCGGGGCCCAAUGCCUCGUCUCCUGCCCCCUGGGCCACCACCCGGCCGACCGCCCGGCCCUCCUCCGGGCCCCCCGCCCAUUCUCCCUCCAGGCCCUCCGCCGCGUGGACCACCUCCCAGACUACCACCCCCAGGACCACCAGGUAUCCCCCCUCCUCCUCCAAGAGCCGGAGGCCCCCCUCGCCCCAUGGCGCCGCCCCUCUCCAUGUUUCCUCCGCCUCUCAACUCCAACGUGCUCAGCGCCCCUCCCAACAUCGUGCCGAGGCAGAAGGCCCCCGGCUCCGGCCAGGACGGCCAACAGAGCAGCAUGCCGCCGCCGGCCAUGCCCAUGCGGCCUGGCGUCAUGCAGAUGCCGCCUCCGCCCGGCACGGCCGGCAGCCACCACCACACGGCCACCAUCGAGAAAAGAGCCAACAUCACCUCGGCGGCGGCCGGAGGCGCGGCGGGCGCCACCAUCUCGGCCAAGCCUCAAAUCAUCAACCCCAAGGCGGAGGUCACCCGCUUCGUGCCGACGGCGCUGCGGGUGCGUAGGGACACGAGCGGGCCGAUGCGGGGGCCUUCGACAGGGCACCUGGAGAAAGCGGGCGGGGUUGCGGCAGGACGGAGGGGAGACGACGGGAUGGGAGGACAGUGGCAGAAACAGCAGGUGGCUGCUCCUAUGGGGUUGGCCAACCCGUCGCAAAUGGGUUCUGUUCCUCAGCCCAGCAUGAAGACUAAAGACCAGGUUUAUGAAGCAUUCAUGAGAGAAAUGGAGGGACUUCUGUAAGAGUCUACAAACUACAGAAAAGCUUUUUUUUUUUCCAUUUGCUGUGCAGAGUUGUAGUUGUACAUUCAGUAAUAUAAUUUCUGUCAUGGAAAGAAAAAAAAACAACAAUUUGGGCUACAACUUUAGCAUAAUAAAUUUGAUCCUAAGCGUGUAUUAAAACAUUUCCAUUGGCGGUUAACUGAACACUAUGCUCUGCACGGCAUUGUUUUGUCUGUUUUUACUUUUUAAGUCUGAAAAUGUGCUUUUUUUUCCAGCGUUAUUUGACCUCAGUGAUGCAACUUUGUGUAAUUGACUAGUUUUUUGUUUUGUGCGGCCAAUCGUCUAAACAUGAGUUGUGAAGCGGUUUGUCCUGCAGCCAAAUAAAAAUCGGCUCAAACAUG